UACCACCUCGGUGUCACCCGGGCUGCUGUGGCAUUCCAGCUCCAGAGCUGCCCUUGGGAGCAGGAGGUGUCAGACGAGGGUUUGUUCUGCAGUACCGGAACGGUUGGCUCUGACAGGCAGGAAAAAUGUCAGGCGGUUUCUCUUUAUCCGACGCUUUGCCCACCUGCAACAACCCCAACCCCUCUGCGCCCCCACCCCACGGUUAUCCCUCCUGGGGAAACCAGCCACCGGCUCCUGGGGCAUUCCCGACAUUCCCUGGCUGUCCAGCAGCAGCACCAGCGCCAUAUCCUGGAGGACCAGGAGCAUACCCUGGAGCACCAGGAGCAUACCCUGGAGGACCUGGAGCACCUGGGCCAUAUCCCGGAGCACCUGGAGCAUUUCCUGGAGCACCAGGAGGACCAGGACCGCAUUGUGCCCCAGGACAACCACAUGGUGGCCUUGGAUUUGGACACCCUCCUCCACAGGGUGGACCAGCUCCUCCUCUGAAAGUUCCCUUCGAGCUGCCCCUGCAGGCAGGACUUCUCCCUCGGCUCCUCAUAACCAUCACGGGCACCAUCAACCACAACCCAAACAGGUUUUCACUGGAUUUCAAGAGAGGGAAGGACAUUGCCUUCCACUUCAAUCCCCGCUUCAAGGAAGAGGACAAGAGAGUCAUCGUUUGUAAUUCGAUGUUCCAAGAUAAAUGGGGAAGAGAGGAGAGAAUUGCUCCAAGGUUUCCCUUUGAACCUGGAAAACCUUUCAAGCUCCAGGUCCUCUGCGAGGUGGAUCACUUCAAGGUAGCGGUCAAUGAUGCUCACUUGCUGCAGUACAACUUCCGUGAGAAGAAGUUGAACGAGAUCACCAAGCUCUGCAUCGCUGGGGACAUCACCCUCACCAGCGUUAUGCCGACCAUGAUAUAGCUCUGGCGGCGUAAUUCUAAUGCUAACUCAGUGCUUUUAACAUGGCUGUAACAGAAGUGCCUUCUAACAUGAAUACUUUGAGGUAAUAAAACAUAUUUUCACAAGUAA